GUGCUUCUUACUUUUAUGAACAAGAAGAUCUUUAAUGUGAAUAUCAUAGGCCAGAGCGAGGAGAAUGAAUUCUUUUAUGGGAAAGCUACUGGAUGCUUGUGAUUAUAUUGGUGCUGAAAAAAAUGAGGAGAAGGAGGAAGAUGAGGACGACGAAGGCGAUGGUGAUGGUGAUGAGCAGGAUGAGGAUGGAAGUCAGGACAAUAUGGAUGAAAAUGCUUCAAAAGAUUCUGGAAACGAUCAACCAGAUAUGCCUCUAGAUGGUAAUGAAAGUGGGGAAAAAGAUUACAAUGAAAAUGAAGUUGGUGAAACACUAGCAAGUGAAGAAAACCAUACUAUACAUAAUGAAACUAAAGCAACUACUGAAGAAAAUUUUGAAAAUACAAGUCAAGAUUCUAUGCCUGAUUAUGAACAAGAUCAGAAAACUAAUGAUUAUGAAAAUAUGGAACCUAAUCAGAAAGAUGAUGAAUAUACUCAAAGCAAACAUGAAAACGAAGAAAGUUCCAUUGAAAAUAUAUCACAUGAACAAGAUAUUUAUGAGGACAAUUAUCAUAACUCAGAAAUAAUUAUUAUCCCCAAACACCAUAUGCUGGACAAUAAACUAUUUGCAAAAUACUCAGGUACAUCCGAUAGUUAUGAGGAUAUUUCAGCAACAGCAAGUGCUCAAAAUGAGACUUCAACCUUAGAAAAACCUUUACAAGAAACCGAUAUUUCCAGCGAGGAUUUUGAAAACCACUCCGAUGAAAACGGUGAUGAAGUCAACGCAAAUCUUACAGAGCCAGAAGUAAUCAUAGAAGAGUUUUAUCGAGCCAAGUUUGAGGACAAAUUCCCACGUGAUCUUAGUGGAUGUCCUUUGACAGCUGCCUUUCGUCCCUGGGAGCCAUAUAUAUUUCGCACCGAAGUUGAAGAAGCCACAGACGAAUAUUAUUAUGGUUUGGGAACAGAAGAUGAAUACAAUGAAACCUCCAGUUAUGAGGACUCCGAUGACGACAGCUAUGGGGACCGGGAGGCAGAUUAUGACGAUCCCGCCGUGGAAACAGACACAGAAAGUACUCCAAAAAUUAAGCUCAAUGGCAUUGAGUAUGAAAUGGUGCAGACCAUAGCCGAACGUCUACACGUAAACAUAGAAAUGCAAAAGGAAAACACCAACUUGUAUCACCUUUUUCAGCGGUUAAUUGAUGGAGAAAUCGAAAUGAUCGUGGGAGGAAUCGACGAGGAUCCCAGCAUCAGCCAGUUUGUAUCAAGCUCAGUGUCCUAUCACCAAGAUGACCUCACUUGGUGCGUGGCAAAAGCAAAACGCCGAUACGGAUUUUUUAAUUUUGUGGAGACCUUCAAUGCUGAUGCUGGAUUUUUAAUCGGACUCUUUGUAAUCGUAUGCUCUAUUGUGGUUUUACUAGCGCAGCGAAUAUCCCAAUUUCGUUUACGAAAUAUUAAUGGAUAUUUUUCGAUUUGUUUGCGAAUUAUGGGGAUUCUUCUGAACCAGGCCAUUGCUUUACAGGAUUUCCCUCUGACUCUAAGACAGCUUUUUGCCAUCUCUUUUCUGAUGGGUUUUUUCUUUAGCAAUACAUAUCAGAGUUUUCUUAUAAGCAGCUUGACCAAUCCACGCAGCUCUUAUCAGAUUCGGACCCUCGAGGAGAUUCAUAGCCAUGGCAUGGUUAUUAUGGGCACUUCCGAAAACGUUCGGCAUUUCAAUAAGGAAGGGGAGGUUUUCAAGCACAUUCGGGAGAGAUUCCAGAUGUGCUAUAACAUAGUGGAAUGCUUGAAUGAUGCUGCUCACAAUGAACAUAUAGCGGUGGCCGUUUCCCGACAGCAUUCUUUUUACAAUCCAAGAAUCCAAAGAGACCAGCUUUAUUGCUUCGAUCGGAGAGAAUCCUUGUACGUCUAUCAGGUGACCAUGUUGCUGCCUAAAAAGUAUCAUCUGUUGCAUCAGAUCAACCCUAUAAUUCAACACAUUAUCGAAUCGGGCCAUAUGCAAAAGUGGGCUAGAGAUUUGGACAUGCGGCGCAAGAUUCACGAGGAGAUUAUUCGAGUCAGGGAGGACCCUUUCAAAGCGCUGACCUUCGAUCAGUUCCGAGGAGCUUUUGCAUUUUCUUCUGGGCUAUUAUUAAUGGCCAGCUGUGUCUUUUUCGUAGAAUGGCUUUAUGAAAAGUGCUUCAAUAGAGCUAAAAAGAGAAAGUUGCUCAAAAAGUUGACCAGAAAACCUAAAAAAAGAAUAUGAUCAUAGUACGGCUUCUAUUCAAAAUAUAACACAGCUUUCAUUAAAGAUUCGAUUAAAUGUUGAAUAAGAAUUUCAUGGUUUAAACUAAAAAAUAUAUUCGAAAGUAAAAAUCUA